CCGUUUCACAAAAUCUCUUCCUCUUUCGUUUUUUUUGCUUUCCACAAAACACUUCCAUUUUCUAUUAAAAAACCACUUUUACCCCUACUUUUUCAUACCCUACAUAUCACAUCAUACUUUUUCAAUAAUAACCAAACUAUCACAUCUUACUUUUUCCCAUCACAUCAGGGGCAAAAUUGGAAAGUCAAUCAAAAUUACACUUUCCUUAUUUUUCUCCAAAGUCAAAACUGGAAGGGUUUUGUGGAACGGAGGGAGUAAAACAAUAAUGUCCAGCCAUGGGCUCUGCCCCUUGAACCCCGCUACUAAAGAUUGCCACCCCUAGUCUCCAGAUUUGAUUUUUUCGGCACCUUUUGUGAUACACAUAUUCGGGUCAAAGAUUAAUUGGGGUGAAAGAGUACGAAUUGAAUGGAAUUGGGAGGUCACACUAACAUGUACGAGAAGCCAUCUGCAGCUAACAAAGUUUUUCUGAUCAGAGAGCUGGUGAACACAAGGAUGAAAGAAGGCACUUCUGUUACCGAGCAUAUCAAUAAGCUGAAUUCAAUCUUAACCAGACUUGCGUCAGUGGGCAUUAAGUUCGAUGAUGAAGUUCAAGCUUUGCUACUGCUAUCAUCUUUGCCUGGUAGUUGGUCCGGAACGGUUACAGCGGUUACCGGUUCAGUGGGACCUGAUGGAUUCACCUUUGAUCAGAUUCGAGAUCUCAUUCUUGGCGAGAAUGUCAGAAGAAAGAGUUCAGAUGAGUCAUUUGGUGAAUUGCUUCAUGUUGGUAGAGGCAAAAGAAAUAGCAGAGGUAGUGGGAGCAGGAACAAACAAAGGCGUCAGUCGAAGACUCAAGAUAGCUCAGAUGUAACGUGCUGGAAGUGCAAGGAGGUGGGGCAUUUUAAGAAUCAAUGCCCGAAUGACAAGAAAGUGAACAUUGCUGAAGGCUCUGUGAGUGACGAGGAAGUCACUCUGACUUGCUGUGGGGAAAGCAAUGUGGAUUCUUGGGUCAUGGAUUCUGGUGCUUCAUUUCAUGCCACCCACAUCGGUGAAGCAUUGCAGAAUCUUGUUAUUGGGGACUUUGGAAAGGUACGACUAGCGGACGACAGUGCUCUUGAUGUGACGGACAUGGGUGACAUAGUGUUGAUGACCCCAGUCGGUUUCUGGACUUUGAAGAAUGUCAGAGUUGUUCCAGCCUUGAAGAAAAGUUUGAUUUCUGUCAGGCAGUUGGACGAAUAGGGACAUGAGCGCCACCGCCGCCGCUGCAGUUGUGACGCCGUCGCCGUGUCAUCUUGUUCAAUUUCCGACCAAAUAUUUUCUCGUGCGCUGCAGUGACGGCAGAGCAGGAAGGGGCCGGUGCCAAGAGAAUAGAUUCAAUAAGCCAAUAAAAAAUUCCCUACUUA